AGUAGUACGAAUCUCACCAGUGCCAUCCGCUGAACCCACCCGGUUGUCCCUUCACGGUAGACAAGCCCUCGACAGCGCCUUCUCGUCCCUCAUCGUCGGCCAUUGACCCCCCAGAGAUCGAUCCCAAUUCCCAGCAUCAUUAUUGGCCCUAGCAACCAUGCCGUUCGGAAUCAACCCGUUCAAAAACCACGACCACAGCGACUUCGCUGGGGUCGUGAUCCCUCUCGAACAGGCCCCAAUGCACGCGAGACCCACCCCUCAGACAGCAAACAGCCCUGGCAACACUGAUGAAAAGACUGAUGAGAAGAGCCUUGACAGAGCUCCGUCGGAGGAAGCCGGCUUUGGUUCGGUUCAGAACUAUGACCAUAUGACCAUUGAGGCCCUCCGCGCGGAAAUUGAGUCCGACCUGGUGGCCACGGGCCAGGACAGUGUUUAUGACCGCAAGGCAAAGGUCAUCAACAGAGCUAUCCAAGAUAUUGGUAUGGGUCGGUAUCAAUGGGAGCUCUUUGCCAUGUGUGGUUUCGGAUGGCUCGCGGACAAUCUCUGGUUGCAGGGUAUCGCUUUGACGCUGACACCCAUUGCGGAGGAAUUCGGUGUCUCCGACACCCGGGUCCGGUUUACCACCUGUGCUCUGUUCCUGGGUCUCUGCAUUGGCGCUUCGUUUUGGGGUAUCGCUUCUGAUAUCGUCGGACGUCGUCUCGCGUUCAACACGACGCUCUUCAUUUGCAGUGUCUUUGGUGUUGCCGCGGGUGGCGGUCCCAACUGGGUUGGUACUUGUGCCCUCUAUGCUUGCUUGGGUCUUGGUGUCGGUGGCAACCUGCCCGUCGACGGAGCUUUGUUCCUGGAAUUCUUGCCCUUUGCUUCCGGCAACAUGUUGACCAUGUUGAGUGUCUGGUGGCCAGUUGGUCAGCUGAUUUCCAGUCUGCUCGCCUGGGCUCUGGUUCCGAACUUCAGCUGUGAGAGCGGUCUCCCUUCGUGCCAUGAUGUGGCAAGCGGGGUUGCUUGCUGCAGCAAGCAGGACAACAUGGGCUGGAGAUACCUGGUCUUCAUCAUCGGUGGCUUGACCUUCCUGAUGUUCAUCUGCCGUUUCUUCCUCUUCCACCUCUAUGAAUCGCCCAAGUUCCUGCUCGGCCGCGGCCGCCAGGCUGAUGCUGUUGCUUCUGUCUACGGCAUUGCCCACAAGAACAAGGCCCAGACCUGGCUCACCGAGGAGAUUCUGAACGAGAUUGGCGGCCAUCAUGAAGAGGCGCAGAAGGAGAAGCUCAGCUCGGGUGAGAUCGUGAAGCGAUACCUCUCCAAGUUCUCCUUCGACCACAUCGCCCCGCUCUUCGCCACCAGGAAGCUUGCUAUGAGCACCAUCCUGCUCUGGUUCUGCUGGACCACCAUCGGAAUGGGCUACCCGCUCUUCAACGCCUUCCUGCCGCAGUACCUGGCCAACAACGGCGAAAGCGGCUCGAACUCGACCUACGUCGCCUACCGCAACUACGCCAUCACCUCCGUCGUCGGCGUCCCCGGCUCCAUCCUGGCCUGUUACACCGUGGAGAUCAAGUACGUCGGCCGAAAGGGCACGAUGAUCGUCGCGACCCUGAUCACCGGCGUCCUGCUCUUCUGCUUCACGACCUCCACCAACUCCAACGUCCAGCUCGUCUGCUCCUGCCUGGAGGCCUUCUUCCAGAACAUCAUGUACGGCGUCCUGUACGCCUACACCCCGGAGGUCUUCCCCGCCCCCAGCCGCGGCACCGCCACGGGUAUUUCCUCGUGCCUCAAUCGCAUCGCCGGCCUCUGCGCCCCACUGGUAGCCAUCUACGGCGGCUCCGCCAGCCCAGACGCCCCCAUCUAUGCAUCGGGAGGGUUGAUCCUGGCCGCCUUCGUCGCCAUGUGCUUACUCCCCAUCGAAACCAUGGGCAAGCAAAUCAUGUAGAAACACGAACAGAGUCUUCUCCCCCCCCUUCUUUCGCAAAUAAGGGGUCCCCCUGCUUCCCUUCCCCUUCUUCAUCACGCAUCUUGAUGUCCUCAUG